UAUCAUGUUCAGAGCAUUUGAAAUAUGCUCAAGACUCAUUCAGCAAGGUGUGGUAAUUGGGUUAAUGUGGGUUCCAGCACAUGUUGGUCUGAGGGGAAAUGAGAAGGUGUAUAUCAUCAUAAAUCAGAGGUCAAGGUAAUAGUUUGGAAGUAAUAGAGUAAUAAAGCAAUAGAUAAGUGGCAAGGGAAGUGGAACACUGAAACAAGAGGUAGAUUUCUAUAAAGUUUAAACAACAAAGUUAAUUUAACAAUAAGAAAUAUAGGUAGGUCAAGGAAAGAAGAGGUUAGUUGCAACAGAAUGAGGGUAGGUCAUUCCAACUUAAACAGCACACUAUGAAUAAUAGGAAAACAUCAAAUUGGUUUAUAUGAGCACUGUCAGAUUUAGGAGACUGUAACUCAUGCAAUAUGAGUUCAGGAACUCAGCAUUAAAUAUUUCAUGCACCUGUCAAGUGUACGGGUUGAGCAGAGGAGUUUUCUUUGAGUCCGUGUUUAAUUUGGCCCACAAUCCGGAGCAGAAGGUGGCGGUAAUGCACUUACUAAGCUGGUUGCCAACCGCCGUUAAAAACCAAAGAAGAAGAAAACUGCCGUUUGGAUGUUUGGCGCGUACAGCUAACUAGCUAGGAAGGAGUGCUGACGAAACGGAGUAAAACAACACAGUAACAAGGGGGAAACAGGGUGCUGAACCACCAUGUUAGACGGUGGCCAAUUUGUGGAGGCGCUGGGUCGUCUAGGUUAUCCUGAUGCAUCAUCACUGAAGGCCUCAGAGUUCGAUUGGCUGUUUGACUGUGCCCCGGAGAACCUUCACUUUUUGCGCUUUGUCUGUCGGACCCUCAACCGGAACAAUGUUCUGACUGUGGAGGAAGCACGUGCUUUUCAAGAAUUAAGGAAGUCCGGCAAACCAAUUCUUGAUGAAGCAGCCUUGGGCGAGGUCCUAAAAACUAUUGGCCCUUCAGAUGGUAGCAGUGGAAACAUCUUAGGGCUCUCUUCUUCAUCUUCAUCCUCUGGGUUUGCAGCAGAGGGGGAUGUGGCCAUAGAGGAUUUGGAGGCAGAGCUCCAGGCACUGCGUAAAGAGAAGGAGCUGAAGCAGCGACGCUAUAACAGGUUGCAGAUUGUGGCUACAUCCCGUGCAGAUGUUGACCUAAGACUUGGUGUAGAGCUUGAGAGUGCUGUGUGUAAGCUAAAGGAGUGCAGUAGUUUUAUUGGAGCCGAAAAUGCUGAAACCAACACUCUGUUACAAAACCUAACAGAUGAGGUUAGCAAACUUGCUUCAUAUCUCCCUGCUCAGCCAGAAACCAAGCAAAAAGCAGCAGGAGAACCUAUGGCCCCAUCAAACCCCUCUGUCGCCAAAAGGCCCACUGUCCUCCUCUCUCAGCAGUCCUUGGAUCCCUACCUGCAUCAGGAGGAACUCAACACUAAAACACUUGCCACCUUCACUCAGAAGCAUUUCUUCCAGGGCAUCUCUGACAUUGUUGAGACGUCUUGCUCCGAGCGCUUCCAGGUCCUUGACCUCAGUUCUUGUGAAGAUGAAGAGGAGAAAGAGAUAGAGCAAGAGGGAAGAGAGAGGGAGGAGCGAGUGGUGGAGCGUAGGAGGACGGAGAUGGCCAGACUUCAGUGGUCUCAUAUUGUGACCCAACACCAACUGAUGCAGGCCAUGGCGGAGGAGAACAGUGUCAAGGCUGGACUGGAAUUUCUUUCGGAGAACUCAUCUCAUACCAAGAGCAUUUCCACCUCCUCGUCACUACAUGUGCGUGAAGUCGUGUCCAGGAAGGAGCUGCAGGCUGUGGAGGCUGAGCUGGAGGCUCUCCUCCAUGGACCGCUACCCGCUGCCCUUAGGGAGUCAGCCAGGCUGCUUAAUGUGCCAGUGGUGAGAGGAGACCUGGCUCUGCAACUGGCCAGGCAGGACUACUACACCUCCAGACAGGAUAAGGUUCGUGAUUACUUGCUCCGUCAAAAGGCGUCCUUUGACCUGGUCCUUCUGGCUCAGGAGAUGGAGUUGAGGAGGUGGAGGACGUGUCUGAAGAAGCUGGGAGAAGUAAACAACAGAAUGGUGAAGGAAGGUGAAGCAGCAGCCCUCAGGAUUGAGUCCUUGGCACACCCUGAUCUGUCCAUUAACCCCAGGCCCAAUCCAAUCAUCAGCUGCAAGGAUGCAGCCUUCAGCAGACUGCUCCAGAUCCUCGACCAUGAUUCAGACCAUGGCCGAUCAGAGCCUUUUCGGACAUAUGAAGCGUUGGACCAGGCUGCUUGUGACCUUGGAGGCAACCUCCAGGUGACCCGAGAUGCUCUAGCCAGUGCUGGCCGUGAACAGUACUACACAGCUGCUCGUCUUUAUGGCGACUGUGAGGCACUCCACAGGGCCAUGUACACAGAGCUUCAGCAGCUGGUCUUAGAGCCGCAGGUACGUCCAACGGCCAUAACUGACCAGGAGCUGCUCUGCCCCAAUGCACAGGAGCUGACAGCAAAGCUUGUGGAAGCAGAGUCUCAGCUGCAGAGUUUGCAGCAUGUAAUGCAAGAAAUCAUGGGGGAGGUUAAAGCCAAGCGUUCUCAGCUGGAGCGCAAUGCCCUCCUCAGGCGAGAGAGACAAUUAUACAUCUAUUUUCACUUGGAUGCCCGCCUAUUGCAGAAAAUAGUGGAAGAUCUGGAGAGCAAAAUGGCAGCGAAGAGAAGGCAGUGAUACUCGAAGCUAGCAGAAUGGGGAGCUUUUACUGCUAGCUCAAACUCAGUGUGUAGUUUCUGUGCUGAGGGAGAAAGCCUGUGUAAUUAAAGCUGAGAUAGAGAAUCUGAUCUGUGAAAAACACUGUGUGCCUUCGGUGGAGGAUUACUGAUUAACCCCUGCUCUGCUACAAUGUGUGAAACCUACUCAGAAUUUGAAACUUAACUUGGUUUGUGUGGGAGACGGAGAUCAAUCCCUUGAGUCCUCAUUGACGCAUCUUUGGGACAACACUCAACUUGGGAAAAAGUUUGGUUGUAUAAGAGCAGUGCUGUCUAUACGGUGACUGGGAUUCAUUUGAGUGUGUAUAUUUCAAACAAAGAAUUUUACAUAAACUAACAGAAAAAUUUUGGAAUUCCGUAUCUUGUGAUGUUCUAAAAUUUCCUACUCCCUCUUUAUUUUAAGUCAUCUGAUAAAUAAAGUAAAAUGUUAUCUUUA